AUGGCGCCGGCCCGCACAUCUCGCUGGGGUCCACCGCCACCGGGAGCUGCCGGAGCCGCCCCGGCCGGUGACAAGGCCGCGCCAUCCACCUCCGCCCGCACCCCGACCCCCACCCGCACAGCGGACUCCAGGCGCCAUCCGGGGGGCCCUCCCGUGCCAGCACCACAAGCCCGCAACCCCGCGUCGCCGGCGGCCGCGCUCCGGUCGCAGGCUCAGCCGCAGCCGGCGGUGGAGACUCCUCCCCCGCAGCCGUACGGCUUCCACAACCUCGACCGCCGCACCAUGCUCCUCGCCGACGGCACCAUGCCGCCGCACGAGGCUAGGCGCAAACACCCCGCCGACCAGGACGAGGGCUUCCCGAGGCACCCCAAGCAGCCGCGGCUUGACGGGCCGCAUCAACGGACGCCACAUGCCGCGGUGGACCGGCACGCGCUCAGGAGGGCGUUCCUCAAGUACGCCAAGAUGCUCAACGAGAGCUCCGUGCAGAGGCGGAGCUAUCUCGAGGGCGGCCGUGUCCCGUGUCUCGCCUGUGGCAGGUCUUAUAAGGACUUUGCUGAUGUCCAUGGACUUGUCAUGCAUGCUUACAACCCACCAAAUGCAGAUUCAUUUGUUGAUCAUCUUGGUUUGCACAAGGCAUUGUGUGUCCUUAUGGGAUGGGAUUAUACAAAAGUCCCUGAGAACUCUAAGGGCUACCAAUCAUUACCUUCUGACCUUGUCCAAGCAAGUAGGGAGGACCUCAUCGUGUGGCCGCCUACUGUUAUCAUUCACAAUACUUCGACUGGGAGGAAGAAAGAUGGUCGCUUUGAGGGUUUAGGGAACAAAGAAAUGGAUAAGAAAAUGACAGAACUAGGGUUUUCUGGUGGGAAGUCGAAGUCCUUGUAUGGAAAGGAAGGACACAUGGGUUUGACACUUAUCAAGUUUGCAAACAACCCAUCUGGCUUGAAGGAGGCUGAGCGUCUUGCUGAGUUCCUUGAGAGGCAAGAUCAUGGACGUAUAGGUUGGUCACGUGCUCAUGCCAGUCGUUCUGUAGAUUCUGAUCAGAACCCUUUGUUGGUCGAGACGGAUACCAGGACAGCUGAGAAAAAGAGGAUACUUUACGGGUACCUAGCAAUUGCAUCUGAUCUGGAUGAACUAGACUCAGAUUCUAGAAAAAGGGCUUUCCUCAAGAGCAGAAGAGAAUUUGAUCCAAAUGAAUGA